UCGGUUUAUGUAUAGAUGGUAUAGAUGGCAAAAGAAUUAAGCUGUUUGUUAAAUUUAUUAUACGGAACGGCAGUCGAAAGUGGUCGAACGUUAUCGAAUGUUAACGUCUUAAGAGACCUUUUUUAGUAAAACAAAAGUUAUUGUUGAAACGAAGAUAAGCCUCGAGCUUUCAACAUGCCGGUUUGAAGUUAAAUUAAUUCUUCUUAAAACUAAGAAGUGAAUAGUGAUGGAUAAAAUGUGAUUCUAAUAUUUGAUAAUUAAAAAGAAAUUUUUUAGUGGUGUGAAAGAAUUAAAAAACGCAUGUUGUGUAUUUGGAAACCCACACGUCAACUGGAGUAUUGGGAGGAAAUUUUGGAAUGGUUGCACUUUGAGAAAGUGCACAUUAUUCUCUCUAACAGGACAAGAAGGGUGCCAAAUGAAAACAAUGGGAAAAUAUUGGUUGAAUCUGACCCUAGUGAGGGUUAUUCUUCCUGCAGUUCUCGCUGGAAGUGUAAUAUGGAGGCCAGUUGGAUUAUCUCUCGUGUACUUAGUACUUAUGCUCUGUGCUCCAAUAAUUCCAGUUCCUACCCAUAUAACAAUGAAGGGACAUACUGGACGAUAUUUGAAAACAUGUUUUAGCCUAUCAUUUAUCGUAACUUUAAUACAGAUUACAUUUCACAUAGUCCUUUUGGCUUUUCCUCCUUAUGGACAUUUUCUGAAAAACUGUGAAUUUCUAGAAAAGCUCCUAAGGCAUAUAGGCUUAGUAAGACUAGACAGCGCAUCAGUGUUUGAAAUAUUUUACUGGUUGGCUCCAGAAAUUAUAAUUUUACCUACAACAUUAUUAAUUUAUUAUUUUUGUCGUCAAUUAACUCGUGUACCUACAAUAGAAGAAAACGCACAGCGAUCUACAAAAAAGACUGAAGACAGAUCUGCGAAAGUGAUAAAUUUGUUGGGUAGUGUCGGAACAUAUGUGGUCCUAGCUUCAUUAUGCUGGACAGCGUCUUUGAAGCCUUCUGUCGAGGGUGGCUUUUAUUUUGUAGUCUUUAUGGCCGCAGCGACAUGGUGGGCAUGCAAUAGAGAAUUACUCAAAGGUUUUGCCAUUGUUUGCAGAAUUGUUAUGAUUGUCGUCGUUCUUCAUAUUGUAACUUUAUUGUCGUAUCAGAAUCAGUGGCCUCAAGAAUUAAUACCAGUUAAUAGUACGUGGUCGCGAUAUUUUGCUCUUACGGCCAUGUACACCACAAAUUGUACAGACCCUCGUGAUAUAAAUUUCAUCGACGAUUCCGAUGAUUUAAUGUAUGGAUACUCAUUGAGACUCUUCUGGCUGUAUUACAUUCUAGCUUUGCAAUCACAGUUUCUCGCAAUAAAGCCGGUUAAAAAUGAUAGAUGUUUAAGCGGAAAAUUGGAAAAUUUGGAUACCUCGUUGUCGAGACAUGUUUCAAUUAGACGAAAAACACCGUCCCAAAGGUGGCAAUCUGCUCGCCGCAAGGCUCGAUUAAUGCGAUUUGGCUCAGGAAGAUCAGGUUUACUGCAAGAUUCAACGGGAAGCGUUACUGUUCCUGAUGGACAACAGGACGAUAGUAUUCAGUUACAAUCUCUAAGUGAAGGUGCUCCUGAGGAUAAGCCUGGAAUAAUUGAACAUAUCAUAAUGGCAAUUUAUUCAGUUUUUCAAUUAAUUGUUAAUUCAUCUUAUCUAGCAACAAAUAUUAUCAUGAUGACUUGGAGUAUAAUGUACCAUAGUUGGACAACUUUUUUACUACUGAUGUGGGCUCUUAUACUUUGGAUGGUGCCUAAUAAGCGAGAGUCUAUGAUGAAGUGUUCGCCAUUCAUUGUAUUUUAUGCAACUUUUUUACUUCUUGUUCAAUAUAUUUAUAGUAUGGAUUUAACCAGCGAAGAGUUGCCGGAUACCAUUCAUGGAAUAACCAUUGCAGAGAUAGGAUUUAGUAAACCGGGACAACUCAGUCCUUGGCACUUGAUUGUUAAGUGUCUGUUUAUGUCAAUGUUUUGGAUAACAAUGCGACAAUACACGGCCGAAAGAAGAAGGCAACGAAGAUCUUCGACAAUAAGAGAUUUAGCUGCUCCAUUGCACGUUUCUGUAUCAACAGCAGCAACAACGGCAAUGAAUCAAGAUUCUCAUGAAAUCAAAAGCAAGUUCAUGAAGGACGUCGGAAAUCUAUUGAAACAAUUCUUGACAAAAUUUUGGAUAGCCAUAGUUGCUAUAAUGCUUUUCACAAGUGGCAUUACUGGAAGCAGAAUGACCGUUUUUAGGAUAAUAUACAUGUCUCUGUUUCUCUUCUUCGUCAUUACAUUCCAAAUAUCUUGGAAAGCUUGGAGAAGAAUGAUGUAUCCAUUCUGGUUAACAGUGAUUGGGUACUCUAUUAUUAUGCUGAUCUUGGUCUACACAUAUCAGUUUCAAAACUUUCCGACAUAUUGGGAAUACAUCUAUAUUAACAAAGAACUCCAAAAUGAUAUAGGAUUAGAAACAUAUGAAACCAAAGAUCUUUUUGUUCGUCUUUUAACUCCAACGUUUUUCGUGAUAAUUACUGUUAUGCAAAUUCAUUAUUUCCAUGAUGACUUUCUAGAAAUAACAAAUAUUGAAAGACAAAGAGAAAGUAGUUCAAGAAGAGCAAGUCUUGGAUAUUCUCCAAACACAAUACCCGUUGCUUCGCCAAACCAAGUUUUUCUUUCUGAUAAUGACGAAGAAUCGACAAUAUACACGUUACGACAAUUGAAGCAAAUGUCUAAAAUAGAGAGGAUGGCGUUUUUAAGAAAAAUAAUGAAACAUAUGUACAGUCUCUAUAACCAUGUUUGGUUGUUCUUUGAACUUCAUAUGCAAAAAAUUAUUUUUAUAUCACUUAUGUUAUUAUGCUCAAACGAUGUAUGUGCCAUAAAUUUUGUUUUUGUGGUGGUAUUGGUAAUAGUAAUUAACUUUAGACGAAAUAUUCAAAUAAUGUCGAUAAACAUCAUAGCUGCCGUUAUUGCUCUUCUCAUGGUUAUUAAAAUGCUUUAUCAAAUAGAAUAUGUUCAUCACGAAAAUUGGAAUGUUAAUUGCAGUAAAAAUUAUUCGAAUGAUGAUUCUUCACUGGAUGGAAAUAAUACAGUUUAUAAUAUUGCCGAGUGGAUAGGUUUCAAAAAAGCUGCAGCAAAUGCGUUGCCUGACUUAUUAAAAGGCUACAUUGGCAUCAUUACAGUAACAACUCUGAGAGGGAUUGUCACUGUUCGUCAGUGGUUUUACAGACAAGAGAAAGGAGAACCUCUGGAUCCACCUCAAGUUAUGUUUCCAAAAAUAGGCAGAAGUGAAGCCGAUAGAGGCAUUAUUCCGUGUCUUAAAUUUCUUUUCAAUUUCGGAUUCUAUAAAUUCGGAAUUGAAUUUUGCCUCAUGUCAAUUGUGGCUUUAAUUGGAACGAGACUUGAUUUUUAUUCUGUUUUAUAUAGCGUUUGGUUAAUUAUAUUAUUCUCUUUGAAACGCAAAACACUGUCGAGAUUAUGGCCUCUCUUUAAGGGCUUUGUUCUCGUUUUGAUUCCCAUUCAAUAUGCUUUUGUAGUGGCACCACCUACUUGGUUAUGCAUUCACUACCCUUGGAGUUCAUCAGACAUGCUGAGACAACUGCAAGAGUGGAUGUACUUUCCCGAUCCAGAUUUUCCACCGAAUCCAAAGAAACUCAUAUGUGAUUUCAUUUUAUUGAUGAUGAUCGUUCGACAAAGUUUGGUAUUUCACAUUGAACAACGCAGUUUGUCUACUGGUAGAGAAUUUGUUGCUGGUCACAACUACUCAGUUUACUUGGAUAUGGAGAAGCCAAAUUUUGUCAAUCCCGUGAAGGAUUAUGUGUCUCACAUUCACAAUUGGUUGGACGUUUUUAAACGAGGAUUCCUAAUGAGUUUAAUGUGGAUAACUUUGUCCAUUAUGUUCUUGGCAGGAACCAAGCGAACAAACAUUUUCUCUUUAGGUUACCUCAUUGGAGCAUUUAUUUUUCUGUGGCAUGGCAGUGACUUUUACCUGAUACCAGUGAAAACGAUAUUAAAGUGGUGGAACUUACUCAUUGGUUAUAAUGUUAUGGUGAUACUUUCAAAAGCGUUGCUUCAAGGAGUGGGUUGUGUCGCCAUUCAAGAGUUGGAAAAAUCGGCGUGUUGGGUAAUUCAACUACUGGGUAUAGCCUGUCUUAAGAAGUUCCACAGUACAGGGACCGACUAUCCUUCAACUUGUCAAGUUCCCAGAGAAGACAUUGGCAUGGUUUGGGAUGGACUAUGCUUUGGAUUCCUUUUGAUGCAGAAACGACUUUUCAAAAGUUACUAUUUCUUCCAUAUAGUGGAUGAAACAAAAGCUAUGAGUGUAUUGGCCUCACGUGGUGCGGAAUUGUUAGAAGAAUUACAUGAAAAGCGCAUUAUUGAACAGGAAAAUACGGAAAAAGCCGCACUGCAGAAACUCAAAUUCAAGAUGGAUAGAAUAAAGGCGAAUCAAAGAAAAAUUCAAGGUCCCAGUUACACUGAACCUGCUGUGCAGAAAAUAGAUUCAUUAUAUCCGGCAAUAGAACGACCGUUGUAUAGACAUCGUCCACCAAGAACCAAUAGAGAGGCUGUUAGGUCCGGAGAUUAUUACAUGUUCGAUGAUCUCGAUGACGACGAUCUCACCGACUUGAUUCCUGACAAGGAAGAAAAUGAAACUGAUCGACAAAGACAGCAAGGUGUACGUGGCCGUCGUAUGACAGUUUCAGAGUUGAUGAACACCCUGAUUAAGACAGACAUAGAAAUAGCUACACACGUCGCAUUGUAUGGAGGAACACAAAAGGACGCUCUACGACUUCGUCGGCAAAGUGCACCUCUGACGCGCAAGAAGUCCUCAAUGUCUUAUCUGAGUGCUCGUUCUGACUCUGACACCGCCGCGGUUGUCGAUGCGGUUCAAGCAGAAGACCCUGACGACUCAAUGAAAGUUAAAGUUGUGGAGGGGGAAACAAAGGACCCGAAUUUAUCACAGUCAUCAAAAGAAUCUGAUGACGAAGAAAUUAUUGAUAACGAGUGCGGAAAAAAUAAGAAAGAACAACGGAAGACUUCAAUACUAACUUACUUUAAGUUCCUAUGGGCCAUCUUAAAUAGCACAAUGGUUUCAAUGACAAAAUAUUUAAAUCGAUUUUCAAAUGACUAUCGAUAUAUUCGUAAAGUUCUUACAAAAGAGAAGAAACUUUUAAAGACAAAACCAGAUUUCAAAAUGGGAAAGCGAUUGGGUAUAAAUCAAAUAUGGCAACCAAUUCCAAUAAUACAAGAAAGUUUAUUCAUCAGUGAAAAUAAGGCAGAAUUAUCAAAUAAUUCAGAUAUCAAUUGUGCAAGGAAUGAAAGAGUGAGUUCAAUUUAUUCUCAACCCGACCAAACUGAAAAGGAGGAAGGUGAACUUUCUGAAAUAGAUCAACCUCCAAUUAUUCAACUGGCAGCUUCAAUAUGGUUCGGAAUUUUGGCACAUUCCGCCCUGUUGUGCUAUUUUAUGGUUUUUCUUCAUCAAAUAAAAAAUUCUUCCAUUAUUUCAACACCAUUACCAUUGAUGGUAUUCUUUUGGGGAUCUUUGAUGAUACCCAGACCAUCAAAAACAUUUUGGAUUACUCUAAUAGCGUACACCGAGGUAAUAGUGAUAGUAAAGUGCAUAUUCCAACUCGAAAUAAUUCCAUGGAAUCAAAUAGCUAGCAGCAAUAAUCCACUGUAUGGACCAAGAAUUUUUGGCGUCGAACGCAAACAAGAUUAUGCUUUAUGGGACUUAUUACUUCUUCUAAUGGUAUUUUUCCAUAGAUUCAUGUUAAAGUCCUUGGGCCAAUGGACAAGGUCAUCUAUUAGUUCGAAAAGAGUCACUCCAAAGAAAACGAUAGUACCAAGCACCAAACAAAUAGGUCAGGGAGAGCCUUCUUCACAAAUACAUAUUGAAAAUGAAGAGGCUGGUACUAGUACAGAAAUUAAAAUUCACAAAAGUGGAGUGGAAAAUCUUCAGUAUCAAGGUGAUUUAGAGCAAUCUCAAGCUCCCGUCGAAGAAAACAAUAAAGUGGAUGCAUAUCAUUCUGAAGAUAUUAAACCUCUAAAUGAAGAAAUUGUUGAAAGUGAAAAUAAAACAUUAUCCACGUACUUUGAACCGAUGAAAGUGUUCUUUAAAAAUAUCCUCAACCCUGAGGGCAAGGAGAGAACCAAUGUUUACGCUUAUAUGUUUUUCUGUGAUUUCUUCAAUUUUAUACUCAUAAUUUUUGGAUUUUCAUCCUUUGGAACUCAGCAAGGGGAUGGUGGUGUGACAGCUUACCUUGCUGAAAAUAGAAUUCCCAUACCAUUUUUGUUAAUGCUCUUAAUUCAGUUUGCACUCAUUGUUAUAGACAGAGCUCUCUUCCUAAGAAAAUCUAUUGUUGGCAAACUGGCAUUUCAAUAUUGUCUUAUUUUGGGAGUUCACAUUUGGAUAUUUUUCGCAUUGCCCAGUGUAACUGAACGGCAAUUUGUUGAAAAUUAUCCAGCCCAAAUUUGGUACAUGGUAAAGUGUUUUUAUCUUUUAUUGGCGGCUUAUCAACUACGAUUGGGUUAUCCAACACGUAUACUGGGAAACUUUCUCUGCAAGAAGUACAGUUUCAUCAAUUAUAUUCUCUUCAAAGGAUUUAUGAUUAUACCCCUUUUGUUCGAGCUAAGAGCAGUGAUGGACUGGAUUUGGACAGAUACGUCUAUGACAGUAAUGGAUUGGUUCAAAAUGGAGGAUAUUUAUGCCAAUAUUUAUCAAAUUAAGUGUAUGAGGGGAGUGGAGGAAGACUUCCCUCAGCCUCGUGGUCAGAAAAAAGCACAAAUGAGCAAAUACAUGGUUGGUGGAGCUGGUUUAUUUGUUAUCAUUGGACUGGUAUGGUUCCCACUUUUAUUCUUUGCCCUCGGAAGAACAGUGGGUGUAGCGAAUUUGCCCUAUGAAGUUUCAAUGAAAAUUGGAGUUGGAGCUUACGAGCCGAUUUAUACAAUGUCUGCACAAGAUGCUUCAAUUUUCCAAUAUACCGAACAAGACUAUAAGACUUUCAAAGAUAUAUAUCUUCAGGACAGAACGGCGGUAACUUUUCUGGAAAAUUACGUUAACUCUGAUAUUGCUGCUGUUAGAUUAAGUGGAUCUUCGAAGAAAUUAUGGUCCAUCUCUCCUCCAGAUAGAGAAAGAUUAAAGAACGAAUUGGAAUCAAACAGUUCAGUAACUGUUCACGUGGAAUGGACAGUUUCAAGAAAGACUGACGCGAAAGAUUUCUCUGGUAUUACUUCUACUCAGCGAGAUAUAAAAAUACCAGCUUAUGUCGAUGGUAAUUUUAAUCCUCAGAGACAGCAACUUAUAGAUUUGUUGUCAGUAGGCAACGGUACAAAUUCAAAUUCUAAUUCUUCACUGCAAUUACUUAAUGCUUUCCCCAAAUUUCUGAAAGUCACCAACAGAAUAACCGACGUAGUACCACAACUUAUGAGAACACCACUUUUGCCUUAUCUCAUGCAUCAAGAUGAAGAUACCAAAAAAAAUAAAUAUCUAUACCGUAAUAUAAGCUUACAAAUAUCGACCACCAAUUUAACAUGUUGUUCAAAUCAACAGUGGUGGGUUGUUCAAGAAAAUGUCACUGAUGACAUUUACAAUUAUCUCUUGAGUAACGUACCAUUAAAUGACAGAAAUUAUAUUAUGAUGUUUCUUUUCAAUGAAAAGGCCUUUCCUGAAAGUUUGAGUUUUAUAAGUGGUUUCGGAAUAUUGGGCUUUUAUUCUAUCUUUUUGUAUAUGAUAAGCCAAGUGAUUCGAAGAGGAGUCAGUGAUGUUGCGCCAAAGAUUAUGUUUGAAGACUUACCAUUUGUCGAUAGAAUUCUUCGUUUGUGUUUAGAUAUCUACCUUGUUAGAGAAAGUAAAGACCUGUGUCUUGAAGAGGACCUCUUUGCCAAACUUAUCUUCCUUUAUCGAUCACCUGAAACAUUAAUUCGGUGGACAAGACCACCUGAACCGGGAGAACGAUCCGGAAAUGAAGAUGAAGAUGAAGACGAAAUUGAUAAUGAAGAUGAUAAUGAUAAUAAUGUAAAUAGGCCACCACGCGAUGUAUGAUUGUCAAAUAGUAAUAUUAAAGUCAGAUAGUUAUCUAAAAAUUCUUUUGUACAAAACAAAUACAAAAUCAAAAAGAAAAAAAACAAAACAGAACAUUAUGUUCAUGUAGGUUUGGAAACCUGUCUUCAAUUCUAAAUUCACGUUACUGUAAAGUAUGAAUUUCUUCCAUAACAUUAUGUUUUAUAGAAAGUUUGCUUUACAGAAUGUUCAAAUCAUUAGCUCUCUGGAGAAAUUUUGAUAUACAAUGUAAAAUACUACUGUAUAAAAUUUAUAUUUACAGAUGUAUAUUUAAUUAAUGUCAGCAAACAUAUCUGUCAAAAGAUAAUGUGUUACUGAGGCUAUUGUUUACUUUUAAAAAGGAAUUUCUUUUCUAAGUGAAAAAUGCAAAUAAUAAUUCUUUGAACGCUUCAAAGUUAUUAGAAUUAAUAAAUAAGCAGUGAUUAUAUUUUUACUGCUUACAAAAAUAAUAAAUAUUUAUAUUAUAUUUUUUACAAUAACUUAAGAUGCUUGAGUACAUAUAGUUUCAUACUUUGAUAUGUACACUUUCACUAGGGAACUUAAAUAAAUAACAUUAAAAACAAAA